GCCUGCGCAGGGCGGGCCGCCGGCGGCCGAGGCGAUGAGGGUGUUGGUGCGGCGCUGUUGGGGUCCUCCUCUGGCUCAUGGCGCCAGGCGUGGGAGGCCGAGUCCCCAGUGGCGAGCACUGGCCCGACUCGGCUGGGAGGACUGCCGGGACUCCAGAGUCCGCGAGAAGCCUCCCUGGCGGGUGCUCUUCUUCGGCACGGACCAGUUCGCCCGCGAGGCGCUGCGGGCGCUGCACGCCGCCAGGUACCCGGGCCAGGGAUCCGGGGACCCGGCCGCUGAAGGCCUCCAGGCCGCGCCCGGGCGGCCGGCCCCGAGGGUUUUGGACUUCUGGUUGCGGAAAGCAUGGGCGGCAGAGCGGUGUGGGCCCAGAUCUCGGCGUCUUCUGGCUCCCAGAAGGGAAAACAAAGAAGAAGAGUUAAUCGACAAACUGGAGGUGGUCACAAUGCCUUCCCCAUCACCAAAAGGACUGCCAGUGAAGCAAUAUGCUGUGCAGUCUCAGCUUCCCGUAUAUGAGUGGCCAGACGUGGGAUCUGGAGAAUAUGAUGUUGGAGUAGUGGCUUCGUUUGGCCGACUUUUGAAUGAGUCUCUUAUUCUUAAAUUUCCCUAUGGCAUAUUGAAUGUUCAUCCCAGUUGCCUCCCGAGAUGGCGUGGCCCAGCCCCUGUAAUCCAUACAGUGCUUCAUGGAGACACAGUUACUGGAGUAACAAUUAUGCAAAUUAGACCUAAAAGGUUUGAUGUAGGCCCAAUUCUCAAACAAGAAACUGUUCCUGUGCCACCCAAGAGCACUGCAAAGGAAUUGGAAGCAGUGUUGUCAAGACUGGGUGCCAACAUGCUCAUUUCAGUUUUGAAAAAUUUGCCUGAAAGUCUGAGCAAUGGAAGGCAGCAGCCAAUGGAGGGGGCGACUUACGCCCCUAAGAUUUCUGCUGGUACCAGUUGUAUAAAAUGGGAGGAACAAACUUCAGAACAAAUAUUCAGACUUUACCGUGCCAUUGGAAAUAUAAUUCCGUUGCAGACGCUCUGGAUGGCGAAUACCAUUAAACUUCUGGAUUUGGUAGAAGUUAACAGUUCAGUCCUUGCUGAUCCAAAAUUAACGGGACAGGCUCUUAUUCCAGGAUCAGUAAUAUACCACAAACAGUCACAAAUACUGUUGGUUUAUUGCAAGGAUGGUUGGAUUGGGGUUCGAUCAGUGAUGCUCAAGAAAUCACUAACAGCUACUGACUUCUACAAUGGAUAUUUGCACCCCUGGUACCAAAAAAAUUCCCAAGCUCAACCAAGCCAAUGCAGAUUUCAGACUCUCAGACUUCCAACAAAGAAGAAGCAGAAAAAAACUGUUGCUAUGCAACAAUGCAUUGAGUAGUUAGGAAGAAGAUGGAUAAAAACCUAUUACAUAUUUGUAAUUUAUUAAAAACCUUAUUUACAAGGAAUUAUCUGGACUUUUUUUUUUUUUUUUUUUUUUUUUUUUUUGAGACAGAGUCUCACUCUGUCACCCAGGCUGGAAUCUAGUGGCACUAUCUCAGCUCACUGCAACCUCCGCCUCCCAGGUUCAAGCAAUUCUCCUGCCUCAGCCUCCUGAGUAGCUGGGAUUACAGGCACCUGCCACCACACCCAGCUAAUUUUUGUAUUUUUAGUAGAGAUGGGGUUUCACCAUGUUGGUCAGGCUGGUCUCGAACUCCUGACCUUGUGAUCUGCCCACCUCAGCCUCCCAAAGUGCUAUGAUUACAGGCGUAAGCCACCGUGCCUGGCGUGGAAUUAUCUGGACUUUCAAAGAAGAUGGCAUUGUUAUAAGAAGAGAAGAUUAUUGUCGAAAAGAUGGAUUGCCUCACUUUCCACUUUUUAUGUAACAGUAGUUAAAAAACAGCUUUUUUUUUACUUGAAUUACAAAAAAGUUUAAAUAAAACUUGUAUUUAUGAUA